AUGGUGUACGGAAGGCAGAAUUUACCUGAAGCCAACUCUGUUUGGACCUUGAAAUCCGAGGGAUCUAACUCUCUAAAGCAGUGCUUCAAGUCAGGAUUCCUGGGAUGGCUUCCCUUCCUCUUCGAGCCCCUUGCCGACUAUAUUCCUCCCAUCCAACCACCAAAAGAUCUACCGCCGGAGAAGUGA